AUGUCAGAUGAAAUGUUUCGUUCGCCAAAGCCGCUAACGGCGUCCCGCGUUCGCAGUGAUAGCGAUCCUCAGUAUCGAUCAUCUCUGGCCGAGAAGAGGAUGGGGCGGUUGUUCAAGAUGGCAUCUUCACAAUCUUCACAAUCCUUACAGCAAGUACAACAACAAGGGCAGCAGCAAGUACAACAACAAGGGCAGCAGCAUCAAUUACAACAAACACAACAAACACAACAGACACAACAAACACAACAAACACAACAAACACAACAUCAACAACAUCAACAUCAUCAACUACCACACCAACAACUACCACCACACCAACAACUACCGCAACUACCACAACUACAACAACCGUUGGCAUAUGACGGCCUCUACUCACGUGCAAGAGCGUUUUCUACCACAGGUGUGGGAUUAAAUGGAGUGCACAGUACACAUUCGACCCACGAAUCGCACUCUUCGGGAUCUACUACGCAUUCCUCAGGUUCCUCGAAAAGCGGGCAGAGCUCGGCUACACCUUCCUCAAGCGGGUCGCCGUCAAGUCCCUCAAGCAGUGGCGCAAAUUGUGCAAAGACACUUUCUAUUUCACAAAGCAGACAGAUUCAACCAGCGCGGAAAAUGUCCUUUAGCCGGCCACCGGUGAAGGCGGGGGCAAGGCGGCCUUCCAUGCAUUCGCCACCGGGAUCUUCUGCGUCAUCGCAAUGCUUGCUGCAGGUUCAGCAGGCGCAGAAGACGCAGAAGACGCAGCAGGGCACGCAGACGCAAAUUCGGCGCCGGCACCAGGCUGCAGGCAGAAACAUGCAUGGAAGCCCAGGCGGCGGCCGAUGCGGCACAGGUGCAGCAGUCGGCGGCGAGCAGCUUCUUCUUUUGGCCUCGAAAUUUCACUUUGUGUACAAGGAGUGCAUUUUGUUGGUGCGAAAACUCGGCCUAGAUACCACAAUCAGCCUGCAAGUGGGGUCUUACCCGAAGUUCGCUGCUCUUUUGGGUGCUGCGAUUAGCUCCAAACAGCACUUUCCCGAAUCAGCAGCCCAGAAAAAGUAUCCCGAGCAGUAUGCAGGCCCUCUUCUGGCAGCCUUGGUCACGUGCAUGACGGAUCUUCGCACUUUGAUUGGCACGUUGGACUUGUCGCCGGCCGUAUUGCAGUCUGGGGUCGAGCCAGAAGUUUUGCGGCUGGCAUAUUUCACGAUUUACUCGUUGUUCAUCGAGCUUGUCAACAUGCACCGGAUCCUGUCCCCUCAGAUGAGGAUUCUUCAUCGGAGAUCGCACUCCUCCAAGCAGCAGAUCAAGGGCAGCCCGUUUGCUGCUCUUGCACGGUCCAAAUCGAUGUCUCUUCGCAAAAAAUCAUCCACCGUCUCGUCAACUUCGUUCCACUCGCGAGUCCCAAGUGUUCAGGGCGCAAAACAGCAAACUCAGUUUACUGUGGGUGGACUUUUGAGGCCUCCUUUGAAGAUUGAUACGGAAAUUGGUCCGGUUCGGCGCCAGGACUCCGACCAGAGCUCAACAGGCAACUUUUCAGACGGUGCGAUGCCAAAUUCUGCAUCUGUAUCCUCGGCAGUCGACUCGACACCGGCAAACCUGCAAGGUGUGGGCGUUAUCGAUGACACAAAGUUGUACGAGCUCAUUUCGCACACAAUUCAGUCGGCACAGGUCGUUGCAAGUAGCACCGCGAAAAAAAACGAUUCCGAGGACCAGGGCAAACCUGCAGAGCUCGAUCACGUGGGCCAGAAGGUUAAGGAGAUGACGGUACACUGCGUGGCAUCCAUGGACCAAACCAAGCGGAUUAGUGCCACGCUCCGGGCUGUGCAGACCAUGGACCACACUGAUGAUGAGAGCCAGAAGCGGCUGUAUGAGGAAACAAAUCUUUUCCUCAAGUCGAUCAUCAACGUGCUGGCUGCUACCAAAGGGGCGAUCCACGACAUUCCGGCAUUAAACGAAGUGCGGGGAGCACUUUCGAACUUGACCAGGGCAACUAAGGAGUUGACUAUCUGCUUGGAGACAAGUACGUUGAAAAAAACAGUCAUGAACAAUACAUCCUCGGGCUCAAAUCUCGUCGAGCAGCCCAGCUUGUCGUCAAUUCCUUCAAUGACAAACUUCCAGUACUUGACAGGCCAACAACAGCAUCGUUCCCGGACCCCUUUGCGUACUUCCAAGCCACAGAUCACACAGAUUGCCACUUUAGGCCGCAGCUCACCUGUUCCGCCCCCUUCUAGUGCAAUUCUCUCUCCCAGAUCUCUUGCGAAAAAAACUCAGGCUGAAGUGAAAGAUAGUGUAUCGAUGCAGCAGCAUAUUCUUGACAUGAAGGCUGCCUCCUCGAUGCAUGCGGAGCGUUCUCCAAUGAAAACGCCGCUUACUACACCUUUAGCCGCAUCGAUCGGCCCGGCUGCGGCCUCGGCAGUGCUGCCUAAUGCAACAAAUGCCCAGAGUACGGCAAUGAAUGCUCACGAUCUUGAGCGGAAUCCGUUUGACAGGCAGAUGGGAAAUGUCAAGUAG